GCCAGCUGUCGGAGCGAACAGACCUGUAAUUAAAAAUGAAAGCAAGCAGUUGCUUCGUCAUCUCCAUCUGCGCCUUAAGCCUUUGCGGCUUAACUCUGGGUCAGCGCAUAGAAGAUAUCUGUACGCUGUUCUCAGAUAAAACGGUUAUACGUGAUCCUGAAUCGUGCAGUCGUUCGAUCACCUGUCUAGAUGGCAAGAGCACCUAUAGCACCUGCAAGAGUCCAACUCCGUUCUUCGACAAGGAUACGCUGAAGUGUGUCAAGACGCUGCCGGAAGCCGACAAUUGUGAUGUUUCCUGUGCGAAUUCUGCUAGUCUUUUUGUGGCAGACCCGAAGUCCUGCUUUGGCUAUUACUAUUGCAUGGACGAGGAGACACCGGUCUAUGGCACCUGCCCAGACGCCACGCACUUCAAUGAGACCAUACAGGAGUGCAUCUGGAGCCAUACCUCCGAGUGCCACACGAGCAACUUUGACUACUGCAGCAUCAUCAAAAAUGGCGUGAACUUUGACAAUGUGCUCGGUUGCGAUCGGUAUCAUGUGUGCACCAAGGGCGUUCUGGAGGACAAGACCUGCAAGACGGGCUACUAUCAAGCCCGCACCGGUGCCUGUGAGGCUAAGACUUUGGUCCGCUGCGAUUCCCAUCCCCUGCCGAAGGAUGUGUGUGGCACAACUAAGAGUCCCAAGAAGAAUGUAAUGGUGCCCGACGGAGCCACCUGUCAAGGUUACUUCUUCUGUGCCGACAAGGGAGAAAACCAGGUCGAUGCCAAUCCACAAUGGGGCAAGUGCAAGGACGAUUUGUUCUUCGACAAAAGUACUCAAAGCUGCAUUGAACCGAAUAAGGUAGUUUGCACCGAGGACCGUUGCCAGGGUCGCACCAUACCCUUUGUCCUCAGCCCCACCAAGGGCUGUCGACAUUAUCUACGCUGUGUCGAUGGUCGAACUCUGGAUGAGAAGAGCUGCGGCAAUUACUUCUUCGACGAGGCCAAUGCCGUCUGCGUCAGUCAGAUACUAACGUAUAAUAUAUGCUAGUUAUACAACCACUCUAUGCGUGUAUCAUGAAAUAGAUCUUAUUUUCAAGAGCAUUUUAUUGAUUCCUAUUUGUUAAGCAAA